ACCUCUGACACAAAACGUAAACAAUAGCACAUGGAUACCACACGUGUUGUGAUGCCUGAAGCCGGCAAUUAGAUGGAUCUAACAAAAGAUAAAUUAGAUAAAGUAAAGAUCAAAGCAGAGGAAAGAAUCACAGACUGGAUUGAAAGUUGUCAAACUGCUGGAAUCACUCGCCUUUAUGACCAAUAUGGAACUGCAAAUUUUAAAAGGAUAGAGUAUAAAAAAGAUGAGACACAGAAAAAAGAAAAAAAUGCAGUUCCUUCAAGAUUGAGACCGUUGAAACAUAAAAAGGAUGUGGAAAUUCAGAAGAAAUCUUUCGAUAAUAGAACAAGGGAAAUCGAUCACAAGAAGAAGGAGAAAGGAGACACAAAAUCCCCAAGAAAGUCCACCAAAAGUAGCAAAGGCAGGGAGGAUUCUAUCAGUCGGCAUACCAUGGAUUUCCAAUCAGAUUCAACACGAAAAUACAGAGAUAGCGCAUCAAUUUUUAGAGAAAUGAACAACAGAAGUUCGCACAAUAGAAGUUCAUUCAAAAGCAGUGUCUGCAGUAUGGAUGCCAUUUCACUGAUGUGUGACGAACCUAAAGAGAAUAAUUUGGGUGGAUUUCAUAUUCAGGGAAAAUUAGAUAAAUUUAAAGGAUCCGACCUUAGUUUCUUGCAAUUUACCGAUACAACAAAAACAAAGAUAUCAAAGAAGGUCUGUUCAACAAAGAUGGGAACUAAGUCCAGGUUUGAUCCGCUGAAAUUACCAAAGAGGUUUCAGAUAGAAAAAUCGAAUGUUAAUACAAUAGCAAAGGCAGAAAAAACAUUUUAUGAAUAUGACAAAAGUGAAUAUUUUAAACCAGGAAUGAGUAAAGUGGUAGGAAACAAAGAUAGACGCAAGAAAAUCAAAAUGCCAUCCGGAACUGAAUGCAUAUCAGAGGAAGACAGAUCAAGUUCGGAAGGAACGUUAGAAUCAAUGAGAUUACCAAGGGCAUCUUUUCAAAUUUCAACAGAUAUUCCUUUCAGAGAACUAAAUCGUACAUGUACUUCACCAAUAACCAUACAGAUAUCUACAGAGACGCCGCCACCCGGUUCUAUGUCUAGACCCCCUUCAACAUUAUUUUCUCAAAUUCCCGUGACUUUCACCAUAGACACCAAUUCUGUAAAUGAAUACGUUAAAAGAUCGAAUUCUCCAUUUGCCAAUGAACCACCAACAAUAGCUGACGAAACAAGAGCACACUCAUCUUUUGCAUUGUGGUCUCCGACAACAUCUCCUUUAGCACUGAGGCCAUCGCGAAGUGAAAUAAACACUCAUAAACCAUCGCAUAAACUUGAGCUAGCUCCAUUAUCGUUGGGAUUGAAAAGAAACAAAUCGCGUCUGAGCCGUAUUAAUCUUUCAACGACACCUUCUUCCAUCUUACGCACGGGAAAAUCCUCUACGUUAUUAUCCCGAACUGUCAGUCGCAGGUUUCCAGGCGGAGUUCCAAGUUCAACUAAUGUCUCUGUUGCAGACGACAGAAAGGCGGUUGUUUUGGAAAGGUUUCGACGGUUUACGAAUAAAUUUAUAUGUGUGUCUCGUCUUCUCAAUGCUGUGAAGGCAAAAAUGAAAAUGCAAACAAGAGAGGAGAUUAGUUCGGUAAAGAAAGAAGACGAAAAGGGCCACAAAAGUAAUGUAUUAGAUUUUGAUGUCAGCUAUUUCAGAAGUGCGACAACUUCAUACGGUGGACUCUCUCAUAGAGCUAGGGAUGCCUUAUGGAAAAUGGUUCACCAGCGUACAGAAAGAGACAUCAGAACUCUUGAGGAAGUUAUGGAUCGUCUCCCCUUCUUUCACAAGUAUCCCAAGUCGAUAAAAGCAGAUCUGGCCAGAAUGUUAUGGUAUGACCGCUUUGAAGACCAGAGAAUUAUCAUAAAGCAGGGAGACAUCGGAACCCGGAUGUAUUUUGUUGUUUCUGGGUGUGUAAGUUUGCAGACGACCGAUAUAGAUCCUAGGAGUGGCAUCAAACAUGUUAUUCAUCUAAAAGAUGUCAAAUCCGGUGCUACCUUUGGAGAACUUGCUCUCAUUAGAGACAUGAAAAGAAACUAUACGGCAGUUUGCAAAGGUGAUAGCGAGUUUUUAAGUCUAAGUAAGGACGAGUUUAAUAAUGUUUUACGUCACCAAUAUGAAGAGAACUGGCAGCAACGAAAUACAUUUAUUAGGAGCCAACAAAGUUUCGAAGGAGCCUCCAUUGACCAGAUGAAGAGCGUAACAGAUAUGUCAGAUAUGAAGUCUUUCCCAGACAACACCGUUAUAUUUGGAGACAAGACACAGUUGACAGAAGCUGUUUACUUUAUCAGAAAAGGAAAAUGUGACAUGAUAAAGAAAAUAUCACUGCUCAGGACUCAGUCCCCUUACCUGCGACCGUCCCUGUUUUUGUCAGAUAACAAAAAAGAUCAUUCUGAAUUUCUGAACAAACCAUAUGGAAAACACACUAGGAUAUGUAGAACAGAAAACCACAUGCUGACAGUCAUGUCUCUCUAUCCUGGUGACUAUUUUGGUGUUGGUGAAAAUCUUCAGGAUACUUAUAUCAUUACAAAUGGUAAAGUAGAAUGCUUGGUGAUCAACUCUGCAUUCUUUGCAAUAAAUCUAAUGAUGGAUCAACUGGACGAGAUGAAGAACAAGAAUGAGGAAAAAAUACCCUCUAAUCAAAAUCUGUAUCUUAAGUUUGAAGCAAACAGGAAGUGGACGGAAUAUAAGAAAAGUCUUGUUGAAAAUGUAGUCAGCCGAAAAAGAAUCCCAAAUGUUACGACAGAAGAGGAUAUUCCAAAGAUUUUAACAAUGUCACCUUCCAUUCCAGCAGACUUGUUGUGGAAAGACAAACCGGCUUAGUUUUGAAUAUGUUACAAAUCAAGAUCACACAAAGGUUUAAGCAAUGGAGCAUUCCAUUUUGAAGACUUGUUUUGGAGAGAAAAGAAAGUCUCAAUGCAAUAAAAGAUUUUUAUAAAUCAAUAAAACAGGAGCACUAUGAACAA